GAACUGUAUGAAAAAUCAGAUAGUAGUUUAAGCAAAUUCUUAAUAGCUGAGCUUAAAAUAUGUACAAAAAUAAAAGGACCAGGUUAUCCAGUUAUUCGCCAUUAUAUUAAUGGAAAACUGGCAAAUGAUAGUAACUAUUUCGAAGAGGAGGAAUUAAACAUAUUGUUGCUUGGUGAGACUAGUAUGGAGGUAUUAAUCCCUUUCUUUUUCACAAAAACGGAUGAAAAUUAUGAAAAUGAAGAAAUUGUAAAAAUCGAAAGCGAUAACUCUAAUGGUUCAAAUGAACAGCUUGAAAAAGAAGCAUCAGCUACUCAAGGAUGUAGAUGCUAUACAUUUCAAUUAACUGACAAUAAAGUUAUAAGAUUAAUUGAUACUCCUGGCAUAGGUGAUACUAGAGGAGUAGAUCAGGAU